CUACCCUACUCCUUCUUUCCAUUGAAAAUGCAAUUUUCUAAUCCCUCUAAAAUUUCCUAUUUUCUAAGGUUCAUAUCUCUUUAUCCAUCGCCAUGGCUGGUGUCGCAGUUCUUAACCCUCAGGAUUGUCUUCCAACUUCACGGCCCCGAAAGCCGAUAACCUCCCCCUCCUCUUCUUCUUCACCUAAAAUUCCGAGUCCAAGUCCUAAAUCUUCUCGAAGCUCCCGUACCAACCCCAACCGCCAGAAAAAGAGCCAGAUCCGACCCGAUACCAAACAGCCAAUCAUGGUCCGAUUCACUAUCUUAAAACGCGGGGAACCCCUUCCCCAAACCACGCAGCUUCCCAAAACCGAGAAGACCACCUCCGAUGCGGUGGCCGUCCGUCCGAAAGAGUUAAUCGGUGGGACGUACGCAGGGUCGUGUGUGGCGUCGCCGCCGCCUAGCUCGGUUCCGUUGCCGAUUUUCGUGACGAAGAAAAUCGCGGCGGUGAGUGAAGCGACGAACGAACUUAGGAAGAUGCUGAGGUUGGAGUUCUCGUAGCAGAUUGGCGUGAAUGAAGGCGAGGAUUUGAACAGUAGUUGUUGGGUGACUGGGGGCUUUUUAGCGCUUUAUUUUUUCCCUUAUUUUUUCAGCGGGAUUGAUCGAGCGCGAAUAUCUCUUCUUGAUUGUUUAACACUUUGUUCAGAUUUUCAUACAUACAUGUUCUCACUGCAACUCUUGUUAAAGCCCCUUCUUUGUUAUAGAUCUUGUUAGGACUGUUUAGUUCGAUUAAGCAUGUACUUUAAGCUUCUCUAGGUCGAUGUAACAAGCAUGUAGGUUAUAUAAGUAUCCUCUGUUAUUACUUAUGUAGGUCUAUGUAACAAGCAUGUAGGUUAUAUAAGUAUCAUCGUUUAUUAUUUCUUUUCCAAAUCUCUUGUCAAUUGUAAUUCCAUGUCUGAUUAUAAAUUUCAAUUUCAGAUUUUAUCC